AUGCCGGGGCGAGGUCUAACGCUCCUCUCACUCGAUGGUGGAGGGGUACGCGGAUUGAGCAGUCUGCACAUUCUCAAGCAUUUGAUGGAGAGAAUCAAGGAUGAGAAAGGACUGGCAGAAGAGCCCAAACCAUGCGAGUACUUUGAUAUGAUAGGGGGUACAAGUACUGGAGGCCUGAUCGCGAUCAUGCUAGGACACCUGCGGAUGAGCGUCAACGAGUGCAUUCGGGCCUAUCUUAGACUCACCCAGCGCGUAUUUACCCCAAUUCGAUCGAAGUACGUAUCGCUCGGGUUUUCUAGGCACUUGGGAGAUGUGGUCAGCCGAUUUGACUCAGCCGCCCUGGAGGAAAUAGUCAAGAGAAUCAUACGUGAUGCAUCAUUGGACCCCGAUGCGCUGUUCUACGACGAGGAUCGUGCUUCGCAAUGCAAAGUGUUUGUUUGUGCGCUCCAGUCGGAAAUAGCCACCCCCGUGUUGCUCACCAACUACAAAAGCAAGAGAUCCGAUUCCGAUCGUCGCGAAUCAGUCAAGAUCUGGCAAGCUGCUCGAGCCACCUCAGCGGCUUCUGGUUUCUUCGAUGCACAAGAGAUUGAGAUGUCGGCGGGCUAUGUAGAGACCUACACUGACGGCGCCACGGGCUACAACAACCCCAUCCGACAGCUCUGGACUGAGGCACGGGACGUUUUCCUACCCCCGGGGGAACGUCUCGAAGGUCAUCUUGAUGCCAUCAUUUCUAUCGGGACGGGCACCCCGGCACUACAGGCUUUUGGAACAAACUUGAAAGAUAUCGCAACAGCCCUCGUGCGGAUCGCGACCGAGACAGACAAUACAGCCAACCAUUUUCAGCGCGAAUACAAGGAACUGGAUCGUGAUGGGCUGUAUUGCAGAUUGUCAGUCGCCAACGGUCUGCAGGAUAUUGGACUGGAGGACCACCAGGAGGCGAACAAGAUAAUGGCGGCAACCAAGGCUUAUUUGGAUCAUCCGGACACUGUAUCCAAAUUGACGAAGUGCCUAGAGCGGAUGAGCCAGCAUGAAUGUGAGGUUGACUAUAGAUAG